GAUAGUACUAAGUAGCUACAUCUUUUUUUUUUUUUUUUUAUCCAACCUUUCUUGGUUCUUACGAAUAAAAGAAUGUAUGUUAAUAUGUUGACCUAUUUUUAUGAGCGCACGUCGCAUGCACUUGUUGCACGCAUGUAGUGCUAGCAACAAAGAAGUGUGCAGGCAGCUGCAGUUAGGAGGCAGGUUAACUAUUGGGGGAAAACUUUACAAUCCAGGAUGAGCGAAAACACAGAAAUUGAUGUUGCUCAAGAGCAGGAGGAUAAAUUGGUUAAGAAGAAAGGGGGCACCUCUGUUGUUUGGAACUGGUUUGGCUUUAAAAUCUCCGACCCCGACCAAAACACUACCCUAUGCAAGUUGUGUCGUCGUGUUGUCUUAGCAAAAGGUGGAAACACGACCAACCUGUUCAAUCACUUAAAAAACAUACAUGUCCGUGAGUAUGAACAAUGCACCAGAAUGCGUGAGACAGUAAGCCCAGGAGCUCGCCCGAAGACAAGCCAGACUCGCACUCAACAAUCAAUUAUAUCAUCAUUUGCUGCCGGUACUUGCUAUGAGAAGACGAGCAAAAAAUGGAUAGACAUCACAGCUGCGAUUACAAAUCACAUAGCGAAGGACAUGGUACCGAUUCAAACUGUGGAGAAAGAGGGGUUCAGAAAGUUGAUUCAAACUCUGGACCCAAGAUAUGAGAUCCCGAGCCGCAAAUAUUUUAGCCAAAAAUGCCUGCCACAGCUUUACACAGAAUGCUGGGACAGAGUUUACAGUGAGAUAAAUAACAUUCCAUUCUUCUCCACUACUGCCGAUCUAUGGUCAAGUCGUACCACAGAACCUUAUAUAAGCCUCACAAUCCAUUACAUAGACGGUGACUGGAAACUGAAAAGUAAGUGCCUACAGACGUCUUAUUUCCCAGACGACCACACCGGGGAAAUAAUUGCAGGUGGGCUGAGGGACAUACUGUCGUCCUGGGGAUUAAAAGAGUCGCGUCAAGUUUGUAUGACGACCGACAGCGGAUCGAACAUGAUCAAGGCAUUGCAGCUGAACAAGUGGGCAAACCUUGGAUGUUUCGGACACAGGCUGCACAAUGCUAUUGAGAGGAGUGUCCAAAACGCUCCCGGGCCACAGGGGUGUGCGAUUUCCCGGGCCACAGGGGUUUGCAAAAAGGUGGUUAGCACGUUCUCAUACAGCUGGAAAAAGCAGAAGGCCCUGAUGACAGCACAGAAUGAACUAAGCCUGCCCCUGCACAAGCUCAUCACAGAAUCUCCGACAAGGUGGGGAUCUCGUCUGAAAAUGAUGGAAAGAGUCCUGGAGCAGGAAAAGGCCAUUACACAGGUCCUGGCAGGGGACAAAAAGACACGGCACCUUGUACCUACCUGGCAAGACAUCCAGGUCUUGGAAUCAGUCACAGCAGCACUGAAGCCACUCCAGGACUUUACAGAUGCCCUGUCAGGAGAAGCGUAUGUGAGCGUGUCCUAUUUGAAGCCUGUCAUCAAUCUGUUAAAUGCAGAGGUUCUAAAUCUGAGCAAGGACGAUACAGAACUGACCAAAGAGAUCAAGAUCAAGGUUCUUGAUUACUUGAAUAACAAGUACACUGACCCUGCAACAGAUGAGCUGCUCUCCAUGGCUACCUUUCUAGAUCCAAGGUUCAAGACCAGGUACAUGUCCGCUGAGAAACUGGAGGACAUUAAGGUGAGAGCUGCCUCAGAGACCGAAGCCCUCCUGGUGGAGAACACAGCCCUGGGAAAAUCGUCUCUUGCAGAGGAUCACACUGACAGGGAGAAAGAAGCUUCCACUGCUCAUCAAUCAGGCAAGAAGCCCAAGAAGAGCCUUGGGAGCUUCUUUAAGCAGACCAGCAGUGCACCUGCCUCAUGUUCAGAGAGGCAGAUCAUUGAGCAAGAGCUGAAUAGCUACAUUCUGGCAACGGCAGCAGACAGCGAGUCUGAUCCUUUGGAGUGGUGGCGAUUUCACGGAUCUAAUUUUCCACGUGUGAGUUGUCUGGCAAAGAAAUACUUAUGCAUCCCUGCCACAAGUGCCCCCUCUGAGAGGGCAUUCAGCACUGGGGGCAAUGUGGUGACAUGUCACAGGGCAGCACUAAAGCCAGAAACAGUCAACAUGCUGGUAUUCCUGGCACGGAACUUGUGAAGAAAGUUCUAGUGAAGAUUUGUUGAUAUUGUUGAUAAUUGAUGGUUGAGGCUUGAAAGGUUUAGUUUCAAACGGUUAGUUUUUUACAUAUCUACGGACCGUAGCCAAAACAAACACACGUAUUUGAAUUUGUAAUUACCUUAUUUUCUUUAU